ACUCGACUUCACAGAGGACCGUCCCUACCGCCCGCGCGACGAAACGAGCUCCCACUUUUUAUCGAUGGGAGGAGUUGUUGUUGCUCUGUUUUUGGCCACCGAAACUAGCAGCUCAACUGAAACAAGAACACACACAAAAAAAAAACACGUAAUCCAAACGAAUAAAUCAAGUCACAAACAUGUCUUCGCUACGAAGUAAAUCCGCGCAGGACAUUAGCGACUUGCUGGAUGAAUACGGGAUAAAGCACGGGCCUGUGGUCGACUCCACCAGAAGUCUGUAUGAGAAGAAGCUAAAAGAGGCCAUGGCCAAAGGGAAGAAAGGGAAACCAUCACCUGACAAAACCUACUACAGAGAAGAGGAGGAGGAAGUCACCUAUGAAUACAGGACACCUGUCAGGAGUGACGGUGCAGGAGACAGUGGGUCUUACAUGAGGUCAAGACCAGAGUGGAGUGAGAGAGAAUUUGAACACGAGACAUCCUACUCCAGCUACUUAAGGUCAAAGCCUGAAUACAGAGGAAAGGAUUUCGUUGAUGAGCCCGCCAUGUACGACACGCCAUCCACUUACAGAAACUCCUAUUUAAACUCGACGCCCAUGAAAUCUCAAGAUGCUCCAAAGGCACCAAAGUCGUCUCGCCUCAUCCCACUGUGGGUUCAGUUUGCGUUCUUCCUGGCUGUGGCAGUCUUCCUCUACUUAGUUUUUUCCAGUAUGGAGACAAAUGAAUCCCUCAAAGGAAUAGAAUGAUUUUCUAUGAUUUUAAUUCAUGCUCAGUUUUAAAAGGAUAUUAUACUUUAUUGUGCAUUUUCAUUGAAUGAAUGUGUUUUGGUUAACGCCUUUAUUUUAGACAUUGCUGAUUUGGGCUUUAUGCAAUAUUUCUUUGCUUUAUAAUUGCAGUUUAUUUGCUUGCUUUUGUUUAUAGGUUAAACUGUCACCCCGCUUCACUACAGAAUCCACUGCUAGAAUAGAUGCCAUUUUAAAGGGUUAUAUCACUCAAAAUUACACAGAAUCCUUCUUCCUGUUACCUGGACAGUUUCAUUGUGAUCUGUUGAAAGUUUUGGAGAUCAUCAUCAACAGCUCCUCCACAGCACAGUGCACCCACCGGUGUUUGGCUUGCAGUACUGAAUGUGUCUAGAAAUUACAUUUAAAAGUCACUCCAAAUAUUAUACAGAUCUUGAGGUCAACAAAUUAAGGUCAGUAGAUUAUCACAAGAUGUCUCAUAUUAAGAAAGAGACAUUUUGAUGUUGACCGAGUUUUGUUUGGCACAUGAAGCAUCACAAACCGCAAACAAGAUGCCAGUCACCUCAGUUGUACUGUGGUGAGCCUGAGCCAAUCCGAUCUACUGUAAGCCUCAGCGAUUCACAGUGAA